CAUUGUCAAUGUCAAACUAUUAAAGUGAUGAGGCGAAGCGUAAAGUAAAAUAUAAAUCAAUAUUCAUGUUCAAUUGGAGAAUAACAAGUUUAACAAUCAAUUCAAUAUUUGUUAUAGAUUAUUUUGUUCUGCAGUAAAUAAUUGUCUUGUAACGCUCUCAAACCAUAUAUGUUUUGGUCUUUGUAGCAUCUAUAUUCAAAUUUCUUUAUGAAAAUGAAAUGAUGACUUAAAAUUGUACAAUAUGACGUCUACAUUAUCAACCGAUGAUAAAGUCGAUCUUAUCCACAAACUGAACAGCAGAAUCGGCUCAGAUAUUAACAAUUUAGAAGAUGCUUACGAAUUUGAACAAGAACUGCAGCGUAAAAAAAAGCAACUUGAAAAUUGCAUAGCUCACUUUUCUAACAUAAGUAAUACAAAUCAGACAGCACAAUUAUCGCCCACUAAAGGCCUUGAUAAUGAUCAAGCGUCCGCCAAACAUUCGGCGACUAUUCGAAAUGCUGAAGCAAAUAUAAAUCAAAUAACAGACAUUAAAAACAAGAGUGUAAAUUUAAAGACAAAGAUUAAUGAAUUUCUUAGCAAAACUGAAUCUUUUAGAGAUGAACUUGACAAAAGAUUUUCUACUAUUAGCAAACUAGAAGGGGUGUUAUUAUAUUUUAAAUCAUUUGAAAAGCUUGAUGAGUUAAGUCGUCAAAUGAAACAAUGCCGUGACAAUGAGCAGUUAAUUCAACUGUAUGGGGAGCUGAAGGACAUGUGCAGAGACAACACGCAGGUACAUCUAGCUGCUUACACCAAGGAAUAUAAACAUUACUGGCAUAAUAUUUUAAAAGAAAACUUUACCAAGCAUUAUGAAGAUGUUUUAAAAGUAUUAAAGUGGCCUAUCACCUCAGCAUCAGAGACUUCUCAACCGUCUAAAGAUGUGCUGAUGAAAUUUAGUAAUCUUACUAGAUAUUUGUUUAUUAUACAAGAACCAGAGGAUUUAAUACCUAUUAGUAACUUAGAGGAUUUGAGUUCAGGUUCUCAAACAAGUCUGCCUGUGAGGAUUAUGCUUCGACCUUUAAAAAAGAGGUUUCAAUUUCAUUUUACGGGUACACGUCAGACAGCGCGCAUCGACAGGCCCGAAUGGUUCUUAACACAAACACUUACUUGGAUAAAGGACCAUCGGAAGUUUGUCAAUGACCAUGUGCAACCAGUAGCUGAUAAACUAGAACUCAGUCAUAAUGUUGUGGAUGAAUUCAAUAAUGGUCUAAUAUCAUUUGCUGCGGAGAGACUACAUACAGUUCUAGGAUUGUACAUAUCUCAAGGGACCAAAGGCGAGAUAGCAGACGUAGAUGCUGCUUUCGCUCACGCGGUUGACGAGACUCUAGGCUUCCAUCGAGAACUGCAGAGCAUUACUGGUUACCCUUUGAAUAUGGCACUACAUGUGCUUACCAAAGCGGAGCAUUUUGUUCGCUGGAUAGCUGUGGAGAAGAAAUAUGCGCUCACAAAGAUGGACGAUGCGCUGGAGAGCGCGCAGUGGUGCGAGCCGGUGGCGGCGGGCGCGGGCGUGGCGGUGGGCGCGGCGCUGUGGGUGCCGCGCUGCGCCGACUGGUUCAUCUCGCUCCUCAAGACCAUUGAAGAUAGAUACGCAAUGCUACCGCAGCCCGGUCAUAGGCUGCAGUUCGUGGAGCUGCAGCUGGAGCUGAUAGAGGAGUGGCGCGUGCGGCUGACGCAGCUGCUGGGCGCGGCGCUGCGCGAGCUGCGGCCGGCGGCGUUGCUGGGCGCGGGCCCGCACGCGCUGCUCGCCGUGCUCAACGCGGCGCACUACACGCGCACCGUGCUGCUGCAGUGGGCGCACUCCCUGCAUUACUUGCAGUUGCAUUUCUACCGGCGUCAGUUCUAUAACUUCACGCAGCAGCAGCACAGAGAUGAGGAAGUGAUCUCUGCUGACGUCACCGUUGAGGAGGAACCUGAAGAGACAUUGGAAAAAUCCACAACAGCGGAUGAUAGCUUUCAAUCGAUGUCUAUAAAUGAGUUGGAGUUCAAAGCUAAGAUGUUGGCUCUCAACGAAAUGUCACGUCAGAAUUCUGUAGCAAGUGAACCACCCGUUACCCUGGAGACGGUAAAUUUAUAUCUUUAUUUACUCACUAAUGAAAUUCAGCUGGCGGAGUCGGGCGUGUUCGGCGAGGCGCCGAGCUUGUUGGCGCACUUGCGCGACGCCGGCCUCUGCGCGCUCUGCGACCACAUCCUGCUCGAGUUCAAGGCCAACAUACGCGAAUACAAGAAGCUCAAGUACGUACACGUAGUAUCUAGUCUAAAACUUUUAAUAAUCAAGUACGGAUCUCAAUUUUUUUUAAUUGUAUUAAUUCCGUAUGUGUGCAGGCUGGUGGAGGCGUGCAAGCUGCUGAACCUGGACUACGAUGAUGCGCGGCGGCUGCGCUCGCUGCUGAUGCAGAAGCCGGAGGAGGCGCAGCAGAUGUCGGAAAGCCUCGGCCUCUCGCAGCUCGAGCCCAAACACGCGCUGCGCAUCCUCAGCCAGAGGACGGACAUCAGGGACAUCGUAGCGCCCCGCUCCGUGCUAGAACUCUUCUGAGAGUUAGAAGGAGGGGGCAUUUAAUUUGAUAUCGUAUCGAAGUUAGAGCAACACUUUUCAUUAUAAUAAUAAUAAAUUCGUUUAUUUGAAAAAAUACAUUUACAAAAGUUUUAAACAGGUUUAUGUUAUGGGUAUUAUGUUUGUUAAGUUUCAGGAGGUUGUAGAGAACGGUCACUUCAUGUAAUAUGACAGACUAGCUUUCGCCCGCGACUCCUACCGCGUGGAAUUAAAAAAGCGAAAGUCAGUAGCCUAUGUAGCCGUUUUC